UAUGCAUGCUAAAGAAAAUCCGCCGAAUUUAGAGUAAAAAAUUCCCAAUUUAUUUUUAUUAAUCUGAAAUGGUGCCCCGACCACAGUUCUCUCAUAAGUGAGAGAUCGUUUAUCUAUAAACUUUACACCGUACAUUCAACUGGGAGAAGGAAUACUAGAUUUCUUAAUAUUCGAAGAGAUUUUACGGUCAAAUUCCCUCAAUCCAGAGUUCCAUCUAAGCAAGCUGUCCGAGACAUUGUAAAAAAGUUUGAUACCUCAUCUACUGUUCACAAUCUAAACUCUAAGAAAAGCCCAGGGAACACCUAUAGUGGGCGACCACGAACAGUGCUUACAAACGCUUCCAUCAUGGCAGUUUCAAGAAUUCUACAAAGAGACAAACUGAAGGUCAUGGAUGACCCAUCUGUAAAUACUUGUCGAUCAAACAUUCUGGGACUCAACAAAUCUUCUUUCUCCAGAAUUGCUUCAAAAGAAUUGGGAUUUUAUUCUUAUAAACCGUCUACUCAUCAAAUGUUGAAGGCUACAGAUUUGGCUCGACGGCGAGAGUUUUGCAAUUAUGCAUCACAGUUAAACAAUCAACAAAUAGAUAUGCACGUCUUUUCUGAUGAGAAGAUCUUUACACUAAACGGAGCCUUUAACAGACAGAAUACCAGGUGAGAAACCAGAACCUUUUUUGGUUUUCUUAAUACUUAAAAGUCUAUUUAUUUUACUCUAAACACGCGUCCACGCCCCCUUAAAUUUGUUGACUUUUCUAGAAUAUUAAAUAAAAAGAUUUUUUGUUAUUUUUUUUCAUGCAUAUGGUAGGGUACAGGGCGGUAAA